UAUUAUUAGAUUGAGCUCCCAAUUUUGUUGGUAAUGGAGAAAGUUAUAUAUAUAAAUAUAUAUGUAUAUAUAUGUAUAUAUGCGGCGAAUGGAGAAGGCGGAGAUUUAAACCAAUUUAUACCCGCUUUCUUCCUCCACUCCAAACUUCGCGCUCCAUUCGUCGUUUAACAAUUUGAUUCGGUAUAAAGACACAACAAAUUUCGAGCUCUGAUGCUUUUCUGAUCUCUCUUCGACAAUGGAGAUCUUCUUCUAUCUCGUUUUUGGGGCACUGGGUGUCAUUGUUGCAGCCAUCGAGCUGAGUAAAACCAAUAGGGACAGGAUCAACGCCACCACCGCUUUCAAUUCAUUCAAGAACAAUUACCUUCUUGUUUACUCUCUCAUGAUGGCUGGGGAUUGGUUGCAGGGCCCUUAUGUGUACUAUCUCAGUCAAUAUGGCUUUGGAAAAGGGGAGAUUGGACAGCUUUUUAUAGCUGGUUUUGGCUCCUCUAUGUUGUUUGGGACAAUUGUCGGAUCACUUGCCGAUAAACAAGGUCGAAAGAGAGCUUGUGUGACGUAUUGUGUCACUUAUAUACUGAGUUGCAUCACAAAGCAUUCACCCCAAUAUAGAAUUUUGAUGUUGGGCCGCAUUUUGGGAGGCAUUGCCACUUCUCUCCUCUUUUCUGCAUUCGAGUCGUGGCUUAUUGCUGAACAUAACAAGAGGGGCUUUGAGCAACAAUGGCUAUCAGUUACUUUCUCAAAGGCAAUAUUUCUUGGCAAUGGUCUUAUUGCCAUUUUAUCUGGGCUUUUUGGGAACGUACUAGUUCACUCCUUGGAUCUUGGGGCGGUAGCGCCUUUUGAUGCGGCUUCUUGCUUUCUUGCCCUUGGUGUGAUCAUCAUCUUAUCUUCGUGGACAGAGAACUAUGGAGAUCCAUCUGAAAACAAAGACCUUCUCACCCAAUUCAGGGGUGCAGCAGUGGCCAUUGCUUCUGAUGAGAAAAUUGCCCUCCUUGGUGCUAUUCAGUCCCUGUUUGAAGGUUCAAUGUAUACCUUCGUCUUCCUUUGGACUCCUGCUCUGAGCCCCAAUAAUGAGGAAAUUCCCCAUGGCUUCAUCUUUGCAACAUUCAUGUUAGCUUCUAUGUUAGGAAGUUCCCUAGCAUCUAGGUUACUGGCCCGCGCAUCAUUAAGAGUGGAGAACUAUAUGCAGAUUGUUUUCGUUGUCUCAGCUGCAUCUCUUGUUCUCCCAAUAGUUACAAGUUUCUUGGUAGAACCAUCCCUACUGAAAGGUGGGAGCAUCUCUUUUUCAGGCUGCAUCCAGUUGGUUGGAUUCUGUGCCUUUGAGGCUUGCGUGCGUCGUCUCAUGGCUUUUAGAGAACAAUAUCAUGUUCUGUGUCUUUGAAGAGGAGCACACAUGUUAUGCUGAAAGUGAACAAUAUCAUACCAUUGUGGAUCGUCUAACAAGUGGAAUGACAUUAUCCAUACCUGGUGUGUGUAUGGCAGAGAUAGAAAGCAGGCCUAGUUUCCGGGAAAAGGAUGCAGAGAUGGAGCCCUUGAAUGCGUAAGGUCACAAAGAACACACAUCUGUGCUCCUCCUCAGAAGGAAGGAGAAAAAGGUUUUAAUCUCUCUCUCAUGGUUGUGUUGUAAUGCUUGAAGUUGUUAGCAGUAGUAGUAGUAGCGCAUAUCUUAGCUUUCUUUCUCAGUUAAUAUCUAUGCCCGCUGCUGCUCUCCCACUCAAAUCUAGCUCAAGAUGCUCUCAUUUUUUAUCAUUCACGUUC